UUAAAAUCAAUCUGGUUGCUAAGAAUCUGAUAUCGUGAUUCAGCGCACACUGGCCAUCGGAACGCAAUGGCCAUUGGCCAAUGUUUUUGGACUCCACCACCCAGUAGCUGUAAUUUUUCCCUACCCUUGUACAAUAUAUAAUCAUAGGAUUUAAACUUGUACUUCCGCAAGAUCGUUUUCUUCAGAAUUUGUGGGGAAGCUUUGAAAAGACGCCAAAUCUUGUCGCUGACCAGCGACUAUCCCAUGGCCAGACACUGCUUGCCGGCGGUUGAGCUCACCGGAAGCGGUCGACCUGUGCUUCUCCCUAAUGAAAUUGAAUGUUAUCUUCUCUCCUCUGUAGAUCUUCUUUGCGAAGAUGAUCCCUCCAGUUCCUUUCCUCAUCUCAAAUCAGGCAUCCUCAUCCUCACCACGCACCGCUUACUGUGGCUACUUGAUUCCGCCACCGCCACUGGAAGCUCCGCCUCCGCGAUUCCUCUAGGCGCAAUCUCCCACAUUUUCACUCCCAAAAAAUCUCUCAAAUCCAUGUUUGCUUCCCCAAGGAUACGUUUCCAGCUCUCUUUAUCGUCAGAUGGUCGGGUUACUGACUCGGGUUCGAUAUCCAGAUCGGUGGUGGUGACGAUCGUCAUGAGAGGCAAGGGGGACAGUGAUGUUUUCUUGUCGAAAUUUUGGGAGAGUUGGCGGGCGAGGGCUUGGGAGUUGCAGAGUGAGCCGAGUUCAAGUUCUGGGUCAGGUUCGAAUGCUUCUUCUAGCGGGAUGUUUUCAAGUGAUGGGACCUUGAGGAUGGUGGGUGUGUCGGGAAUAUUGAGGAAGGAGCAGGAAAGUUGGGAGAGCACAGAUAGAACCUUGCAGGAAGCUUUCCAGGAUUUGAAUGCUCUCAUGAGCAAGGCUAAAGAGAUGGUGACACUAGCAGAGAAAAUGAGGCUAAAACUUUUGUCUGGAUCAAAUUCUCAAACCAAUGAAGCAAACGAUGAGGAGAUGGGUUCAAAGGAAGAGAUGCAAGAUUGGCUAUUGAGUGUUGGUAUUAUAUCACCUGUUACGAAAGAAUCUGCUGGUGCUUUGUAUCAUCAGCAGUUAUCUCGCCAGUUGGCAGAUUUUGUUAAAAUUCCACUUGACAGAGCUGGAGGAAUGAUCAACCUCAUUGAUAUCUACUGCCUCUUCAAUCGUGCUCGUGGCACAGAAUUGAUCUCACCUGAUGACUUGUUGCAAGCUUGCAUGCUUUGGGAAAAGUUUGAUGUCCCAGUGCUACUACGUAAGUUUGAUAGUGGAGUCAUGGUAAUACAGAAUAAAUCCCAUAGCGAUGAGGAGGUUUUUGCUAAAAUAAGGAUGCUUGUUCUGAAGCCUGAUGCUCUCCGAGCUGGGAUAGGUGCUGGUGAUGCUGCAAGGACACUAGGAGUUGCCCCGGCAAUGGCAAAGGAGCAUCUCCUUGCUGCCGAGAGCAAGGGUUUACUCUGCAGAGAUAUUAGCCCUGAUGGGUUUCGCUUUUAUAUUAAUUUAUUCCCUGAUAUCAAUCAAGAUGACAUGCAUUUAGUGAAAGAAAAUGGAAUUUAUGCCUCAUGGAUAAAGGCAAGCCAUGCUCGUGGGUAGUAAAUGUUAGCUUCUUUUUUGCAAAUAAGAGUUUACAUUCCCGGAUUGAGCUGACAGACUUAAUACAUAUCCAAAUUGCUUCCCAAUCUCGUUAAUCAGCAGUGUUUUGGGCUUCUAACUCUUCCUAUAACACUGUAAUGCACGCGAAUCCAAAUGCUGAAGUUGAGUUUAUAUUUUGGACUGGAGGCAGUAUUAAACAUACCUGGAUAUCAGAUGCAGGUGCAGGACAAUGGGUUUGAAUCAUUUCCUUUGAUAUGAACCCAACCCCACCAUUCCAUGGUUGAGGAGGCUGCCAAGUGUGGGAAGGAAAAUAAAAUAAAUUGUUAUUUUCUCUAAUAGCAUAUAAUAAUAUCAAAUUAAUAAAUUAUUGUGAAAAAGAAUAUUUAGUUUUCUUGUAGAAGUAAGGUGAAUAAUGAUCGCAAAGUUAAACAUAGUGAUGGACUUUUUUGUUUA